AGGAACGAGCGACGCGAGAUUGGGCGCUUAUAAGGAGGUUUAUCUAAUGGAUAGCGCUUAAAAACAGCAAGAAAAGUUGGUGUAACUGAGAGGUGAAUGUACGUCCGUGUGUGUGAGGGAGAACGGAGGGCGGAAUAGAGAGAGAGCGCGAGGGAGAGAGAGAGAUAGAGGGAGUGGGGGAGAGUGUGUGAGAGAGAGAGAGAGAGAAGAAAAGCACCUGGUGACGGGCAGCGCGGGGAAAUGGGGGGAAGCGUCUCGACCUGCGCCGCGUCUCCGCCCUCUGCUGCAUGUCCACGCUGAGAGGAUAGCCGUGUCCCGCGGAGGAUGCCGAGCAGACGAGACUCUGCGCCAUAAUGAACCUGAGAACAAGAGGAGCCAUUAGAUGCUUAUUGGCUUUCCAGGGGGCAGCCAGCUAACUGGCACGUUUUUCCUGCAACAAGACCAAGGCUGAGGACACCGGCCUGACGAUUGAUGGAGGGUCAUGCUACCCGCACAGCAGGCGCUGCUCAGACAGAAGCUCCUCGUGUUGGGAAGCCUCGCCAUCGGGAGUCUCCUCUACCUCGUGGCCAGAGUUGGUAGCUUGGACAGGCUGCAGCCUAUCUGCUCUGUGGAAAGCAGACUGGCACCACGUCCCCUGGGGCAGAUCCUGCUACGGACGCUGCAGUACAAGCGCGGCUCGGCCCACGAGCUGCACAGAGUCAACGGCACGCAAGAGCAGGUGGGACUGCAGCAGCUGGUGCAGCAGCUUCCCCACGCCAUCAUCAUCGGCGUCCGCAAGGGGGGCACACGCGCCCUGCUGGAGAUGCUCAACCUGCACCCGGCCGUGGUCAAGGCCUCCCAGGAGAUCCACUUCUUCGACAACGACCGGAACUAUGCGCGCGGGGUUGACUGGUACCGCCAGAAGAUGCCCUUCUCCUUCCCCCAGCAGAUAACCAUCGAGAAGAGUCCCGCCUACUUCAUCACCGAGGAGGUGCCAGAGCGCAUCUUCAAGAUGAACUCCUCCAUCAAGCUGCUGGUGAUCGUGCGGGAGCCCACCACCCGCGCCAUCUCCGACUACACCCAGGUGCUGGAAGGCAAGGAAAGGAAGAACAAAACCUACCACAAGUUCGAGAAGUUGGCCAUCGAUGCAAACACCUGCGAGGUGAACACCAAGUACAAGGCUGUGCGGACCAGCAUAUACACCAAACACCUGGAGAGAUGGCUCAAGUACUUCCCUGUGGAGCAGUUCCACAUCGUGGACGGGGACCGCCUCAUAGUGGACCCUCUGCCAGAGCUGCAGCUGGUGGAGCAGUUCCUGGACCUCCCGUCCCGCAUCAGUCAGUACAACCUGUACUUCAACGCCACCAGGGGCUUCUACUGCCUGCGAUUCAACGUCGUCUUCAGCAAGUGCCUGGCAGGAAGCAAGGGACGCAUCCACCCCGACGUCGACCCCUCCGUGGUGGCCAAGCUGCAAAGGUUCUUCCACCCGUUCAAUCAGAAGUUUUACCAGAUCACCGGGAGGACAUUCAGCUGGCCCUGAGGAGCUCAGCGGCUCACAUGCUCUUUGUUGGAGUCGAUAUACUGGCAUUUCCAGAACUGUCCCUUUUAAAAAUUAAAUGUUCAAAGCACUUUUUGAUUGCAACUGAGACUGAAAGGUAUCACAAGGUGACCAAAUUAGGAAUGGGAUCAAUAUAUAUAAUAUGUAUGUCUGUACCAAGCUGAUGGAUGACAGCUGAUGACUGUAAUUUGUAAGCAUUUAUUGAAAGUGCCCAUUCUUCCUAUUAAUUGCCUAUUUAGUUUCAGACGAAAUGAUUCCGCUUUAUAGACAAUGUCUGGAUCCAUUACCAGUCUUGUUUUACUUUAGCGAAAGAUCGUAUCAGCUGAACUGGCCAUACUGUUUUUUUUUUUUAAAGGUGAUUGUCAGCCACAAAAUAUAGACCACGGCAUAAAACAGUAUCUCUUCAUACAAAAAAAAAAGCCUCUUAAGUUUCAGCUGUUACUCUAGAAUAAUCAGUUUAAAUGCUGUCAUAAAUACUUUCGUUUCUUUUGCCGGACGAUGGCAUGUGGACAGUUCAUUGUUAUAUUUUAUGUUGCUUUAGCAUUGAGGAAAACAACUAUAUUUGAGCCCAAUGUAUAAUUACAGUUUAAUUUGACAUCACAUAUUUCAGAUUUUUAGAUACUGUUACUGAGCAUUGGCAUAAAAGAUAAGUUAAUCAUUUUUAUGUUAAAUUUAAUGACUCCAGAGAGAUGCAGUCAGGAUAAAUACUGUAAAACUGAAUUUUAAAAUGAAAUACGUAGCUGUAUAUGUAAUAAACAAGACAUACAAUAAGCAUAGUUUUGGAUACAGUUUUAUCAACAAACCAUAUUUUAACAUCUUUUAACAACUCAUUUUUUAAAUAUUGAAUUAUGUGCUCAAUUAUAAGACAUUUCCUCUUCCAUCUUUAUUGUAUUUUUAACUGCAAUACAGACUAACAUCAUUCCAAUACAGUGGAUUCUAAAAAUCUUCCAAAAAGGUAUGCAGAAGGCUGAACCUAGAUAUGUGUAAUAAGGUAUGUUUCUUUAACCAUCGAAAAAUGUUUGAAAUAUCCGUACAAUGAAUAUGAUUGGAAGAUUUUUGUAUUUCUCUUUUUCUCUAGGAGUAAGAACCAGAUAAAAUCCUUAAUAUCCUUUUCUAUCUUAUCUUUUGACCAUAUUUUACUCAGCCUUCAAAUUACUAUACACGGUGUACAGGAUAAUACAAACAGGUGGCUUUGUUUUGUUUCAUAACUUGUUUUGUGGAAAAAAUGGCUUUAAUUAAAAUAUGACAACAUUUAAAGUG